GAAUUGUGCAAAACGAGUCGUUUUGUUUGUUCAGUUCUGUAACUUCUGUUACCCUAACGGAUACACUUGUAUGGCGCGUUGUUCCUGAACUUGUGGAGGCUGCACUGCACUGUGAUAACUGUUGCUGAAAAGUGUUAAAUACAAGGAAUUUCGCUGCCUAAAACCUUUAAUUCUAUGGAGACCGAAGUUGACUCAAAAGAUAGCUCUCUCAUUCUGCUCAAACAAGGAGCUGAAGCUAGGGUUUUUGAGUCAUCUUUUGUGGGAAGGAGGUCUGUUGUCAAGGAACGCUUCUCAAAGAAGUACAGGCAUCCAACUUUGGAUUCUAAAUUGACAGUCAAGCGUUUAAAUGCGGAGGCCAGGUGCAUGACCAAAGCAAGGCGACUUGGGGUUUAUACUCCAGUGCUGUAUGCUGUGGAUCCUGUCUUGCACACUUUAACUUUUGAAUAUGUUGAGGGCCCUUCUGUCAAAGAUGUUUUGCUUGAAUUCGGGUCACAUGGUGUUGAUAAAGACCAGCUGAACAAUAUUGCAUCCCAAAUUGGUGAUGCUAUUGGAAAGUUACAUGAUGGUGGCCUUAUUCAUGGUGAUUUAACGACAUCAAACAUGUUACUGAAGAAUGAUACCAAUCAGUUGGUUCUUAUUGAUUUUGGUUUGAGCUUCACAUCAACUCUACCAGAAGAUAAAGCUGUUGAUUUGUAUGUUCUGGAAAGAGCCCUUCUGUCAAUGCAUUCUUCAUGUGGGAAUGUGAUGGAUCAGAUACUUGCUGCAUACCGCAAGUCAUCAAAGCAGUGGUCAUCCACAUUGAACAAGCUGGCGCAAGGUGCUACCUCCCUCUUGUGCAUGUUUAAAUUUAACACUUUUUCAAGAACUAGUAUACUCACUUCCAUACAUUUUCACUACUUGUAGUGCGACAAAGAGGACGAAAGAGGACCAUGGUUGGAUGAUUCUUUCUUGAAUUUCUCUUCAUUGUUGAAGUAUAAGAAAGAGAUGACAACUAAUGAAUGUAUUAGUGUAAUUUAUUUUUGCCUUCUCUCUCUCUCUCUCUGCUUGCAUAUUUGUAAUAGUCACAUUUCUUCCAGUUUGAAAAAAUGCAAUUGACUUUUGAACUUU